AAAAAAUUGUUUUUGAAAACGUCUAUUUCCAUCCAUAAACUAUUGACAAAUUUCGAGUUUUUCUUGUGAUAUAAAAAUCAAAAAUGGAACAAGACGAACAAGAUUUAGAAGAAGGAGAAAUCGAAGGCGACAGUGACGGUGGCGAAGUGGAAUACACCCCACUGGAAAGACCUAAAAAUUACGCCCUAGCGGUCCCUCUCAAACGAUUUCCGGAAGUAAGCACCCGAUAUAGUGAUAACGACGAUGAGGAUGAAUCGCAAUCUUCUCAUGAUGAUAGUGAUUCUGAUACAAGCCUUAGAGCAAAGCAAUCCAAGAAAAUUAAGCUAAAACCUUUACCAAAACGCCAAGACAGGUCGAAAAAAUACGAUGUUUGGAGUACCAGAGCUCAAGAAGACGUCUUGGCUGAAACAAUGAUUAGCUGUGAUGUCAGUCUGAGAGAUAGAUCGAGGGAUGUAGAAAGUUACGAUUAUACAAUAGCCCAAAAGUAUUACGCGGAAUUGGAGAACAAACAACAUGGAACUAAAAGAACUAGGGAUAAUAUGAAGAGCAAUACAUUUUUGCCUAAAAAGCGUGAUCAAAGUGAGGAGGAAGAAUUUAAUGGAGCUCCAAGGGAAAUUUCUGAUUUAAUUGUGAAUAGUUCAAACAGUGUCGAAGAAAUUGUUGAAGACAUUGCAAGUAAAUUGCAUGAAAAAAGAGAUGAUCUUAUUUUAAAAGUUGUCCAAGCAAUGGGCAAACAAAAAGCAAUUGAAAUAUUUAAAGAAACCAGACAAAUUGAAAUUAAAGGAGGAAUGCCUAUAAUGAAUCAAACAAGAAGGAGGACAUCAGGUGGUAUUUUUUUGUACUUAGUAAGAACAGAUUACCAUAUAACUCCAGAACAAAAAAAAUUAAUUUUUGACGAGGAGAGGCAAAUUUUCAAAGAAACAAUCAAAGCAAAAAAGAAGAAAAAACAUGACGCACUCAAAAAAAUUGUACAAAAAGAAAGGACUGAAUUAUUGCCAGACCUCUUGACAAGAGCUGAACUUUAUGCAAAUAGAAAUGUGAAAACGGAAGAAGAAAAUUGCACUAACCCGCCGCCAAGUCCAGAGUCUGACCAUCAAGAAAGUGCCGAGAUUAUGGAACCUCAAAUACUGCCAGUAAAAAUUAAUGAAAAUAAAGAUGUUAGAGCAGGAGACUUGAAGACUUAUGAUGAUGAUUUUUUGGAUAUUAGUUUAUGCGACAAUGAUAUGGAUUUGUUUUAGAAUACAAAGGAAACAACAUAUUUUGAGAAUUUUAUUUUAUCUUAUGGAAAAUCCAGCAUCUACAACAGAAAAUAUAUUUUAUGUAUUUUUCCUUUUUUUAAUAAAUAUGUAUUACCAUUUGAGGUAUAGUACACUCGACAUGAUCCAAUGUAACAGUAGUUUUAUCUUCGAAUUGAGCCUGAUAACACGCUCUAGCUGCAGCUUCUAUGACUAGAGUUUUUGCUAAUUCAGCUACCAACUCAACAGUGUCCUCUGACAUUUUGUUUUUCGGGUUGCUGAAUUUGGAUUUCAGUAAUUCCUUUAGAAUGUCCUGAAGCAGCAUUCCAUUUGAA